AUGGCGUCGCCAAGAAUUUGCACAUCGGGAUUAUUGGCAAUGGUAAUUUACCUUCUAGUCAUUCUCAUUCCGUUCAUCGCUCUAAUCGCGUACGCAAGCUACAGUUUUCACAUUUUCAUUCCAAUCGCGCCGUCGAAUGAAAUCGAUUGUCAGCUGAUGGCUGACAACAGUUCCGAUGUCUAUCAGGAAUAUCUUGCGAAUCGCACAACGAUUCGAGAAACUCCGCCGGAUCGAAGUUGUUUUCAAAUCAAAAAACGACGAUAUUUGCCGAACGAUCUACCGAAAAGCUUAGCCGGUUUUCACAAUUUGAUUUUCAUUCGCGUCGUCACCAAAGAUUAUGAUUUUAUCGAGGAGGUUUUGACAAUGAUGCACUCGCCGAUUCAUUUCUUCUGCUAUUCGAUCGACAAAUCCGCCGAUGAGAAAUUCAAGAAACGAAUGUUCUAUCUAGGUGAUUGCCUAAUGAACGUCAUGGUCAUUCGCGAGCUUUUCGACACUUCGACAAGCCAUGGAAUGCUUAACGCACAAUUGGCUUGUAUGAAGACACUUGAUUCGUUUGAAUGGAAGCAUGCUAUUAUUACAGCGGAACGUGACAUUCCAUUGCAUUCGACAAAGUUUCUUUCAAGAAGGUCACGAAGGCUUCGCGACAUGGUUGAAAUGAAUGGGAUAACAUUCAAGGAGGACGCUUUGAUAAAUGCAAACGCUUCAAAUCAUAAAACGAGACUAUAUCAAGUGACGAAAAACUGGCUACAACAUAUGGGUUCGAUGGCAACAAUUAGUCAUACGAAAUAUGAAAAGCUUUAUAAAUAUUUACUAGCCACACCGGAUUUUAAAUUGCCAACCUACGAUCAUCGUGAAACAACAGUUGUCGAACCAAACUGCUUAAGCGAACGAUACGACAUUGACGGAAGCUGUAUGUAUACAAUGGAGAGUUUUCGAGUUUUGAGAAACUUCACGCGUCUUUUCAUUCGUGCCGAUCCAAAUUUCGACUUCGGAUUUGUGCAAUGCGUUCACGAAGUCAUCUUUGAUCGCACAUUCUUGGACCCGAUAUCGAAUAGUAACGCGAAUAAUUAUAUAUGGGGCUCUGGCGUUUCAUCGAUCAGCGACUAUCGUCCAUAA